AUGCACGUUAGCUCUAACGAGAACACAGGUCCUAAUGAACGCCGCACGAUUAGCCGAGAAGAUGUCGGUUUUUACAACGCUCUUGUCAUAGCAGCAGUCUACGAGAUUGCAGACGAAAAUGUAGAUGUCGUUUCAACUCAGUCUUUCAUAUCUCCUGUGAAGCACUGCAUCCAAGAGCACCCAUUCCUGAGUGUGGUCGUCAAGAACAAACAUACGGAGACACCAGCUUUCGAAGGAGUCUCAACCAUGAAUCUGGAAGACCACAUUUCGAUAGUCCACGACGAGACCAGUGAUGAGACAGCUGCUUUUCAAAAGAUUCUUCCACCUAUUCUUGACAGGCCAUGGCCCGCCGAUGUUCCUCCAUGGCGAAUUGUUGUCCUUCCUCUUGCUUCGCAUGACUUCAAAGUGAAGCGUUGCUUUAUAGUCUUUUCUUUCUCUCACACCCUCGGCGACGGCAUGGUGGGAAUGACAUUCCAUCGUACCUUCUUGAACGUAUGGCAGAAGAACACCAUUGCAGAUCUGAAAGAAUCCUUCUUGGUGACACCACCAAAGCAAGUGCUCACGGCACCCUUUGACACGCCCGAAAGACUGCCCAUCUCUUGGAAAUUCCUCCUGGCACCUCUACUAGCUGUGUAUUUUCCAAGAUUCUUAAACAACCUUCUCGGCCUCCGCCCGGCUGUCAGCACAGUUGACGACGGUACAUGGAUAGGCGCGCCCAUAUUCGUUAACCCCAAGACAACCACCAGACUAAGAAUCCUCGAGAUUGAGGCCCAGCUAGUCAAGAAUGCACUACAAGCAGCGAGAUCUCACGAUGCCAAGCUCACCGCGACGAUGCACCUGCUCAUCACCCGGGCUUUGAGCCAGGCUUUGACUGACCCAAAGAUAAACAAUUUCGUCUCAGGGACGGCGGUCGAUAUGCGCUCAUCUGUGGGAAUCCCAGCCUACACGUGGGGUCUUUUCGUGAACGGUCACUAUGAAGUCCAUCCACGCAUACAUGAGAUCGGUCCCGGCUUCUCAGAUGCAAUGUGGGCUUCUGCAAGCUCCAUUACGAAGAGAUUAGCUGAAUGCCAUGUGAGACUACAUGAUCAAGCUAUCGGUCUUUUGAGAUAUGUUCCCAGCAUCCGAAAGUGGAUUCAAAAGAAAAUUGGACAUGAAAGAGAUUGCUCGUUUGAAUUCAGCAAUCUACUUGCUUUUGAUGGUGGUGGGAAUCCAGAUUGCAGUAUUAGCAAAAUGGUGUUUUCGAGGCCCGCUAAUCCGAUUAGCGCGCCUAUGGACUUUAACAUCAUUAGUGUCAAGGGUGGUAGUUUGGUUUGUACGAUUAGUUGGCAGGCUGGGGCUUGGGGUGUGCCUAUUGAUGAGGAGAGCAUGCUGGUUGAUGGGAUAUGUUCAUCACUUCGACGGGGUUUCGAGGCUUUCUGA